GGCCCCAGCACAUGAAUAAAACAAUAUUAAAAAUCAGUUCUGCACUUUCUCAGGCAGAUACAUACCAGAGCAGUGGUUCUCAACCACUGUGCCCUGCCUCCCUCUACGAGGACAACUGGCAGUGUCUGCAGACAAGCUGCGUUGCCACAACAUGGGGGCAGGAUUACUACUGGCAUCUGGGGGGUGUAGGUGAUCUCCGAGGUCUGAGUCAACCCACCUCAGCCCAAGACAUCCACAGUGUGCAGCAUGCCCGUCUGGGGAGGAGGAAACAAGUGUGGGGCCUGCGGCAGGAUCGUGUACCAUGCGGAAGAGGUGCAGUGUGAUGGGAGGAGCUUCCACCGCUGCUGCUUCCUUUGCAUGGUUUGCAGGAAAAAUUUAGAUAGCACAACAGUGGCAAUUCACAAUGAAGAGAUCUACUGCAAAUCCUGCUAUGGAAAGAAGUAUGGCCCCAAAGGCUACGGUUAUGGCCAGGGUGCUGGCACGCUGAACAUGGACCGGGGUGAGAGACUGGGCAUCAAACCAGAGAGCAUUCAACCUCACAGACCUACAACAAACCCAAAUACUUCCAAGUUUGCCCAGAAAUAUGGAGGUGCUGAGAAGUGCUCCAGAUGUGGGGAUUCUGUGUAUGCUGCUGAGAAGAUAAUUGGAGCUGGAAAGCCCUGGCACAAAAACUGUUUCCGAUGUGCAAAGUGUGGCAAGAGUCUGGAAUCAACAACUCUGACCGAGAAGGAAGGUGAAAUCUAUUGUAAAGGAUGUUAUGCAAAGAACUUCGGGCCCAAGGGAUUUGGUUAUGGUCAAGGAGCAGGAGCCCUUGUUCAUGCUCAGUAAUGGUGCAAGCACAGAACCAAGCAAUACACACCAAGAAGCUCUUCAUAGAAAUCUACACACAAAUAAUCUUCUAACACUAAACCACUGUGAGAAUCUGCCAGCAUUAAGUACUGUGUAUUGCUCUGUACUUAGGAUGGCUGCUUGUAAGAAAGCAGUGUAUCAUUUUGCUUUAUUGACCAGCAUUUUCAAGAACUAUUCCCUUAUUUUCAAUAAAAUUUCACCU